AUGAUCAUCACUAUUACAGCUACUAGCACAUACGUCUGCUGGGACUUGGUGGAUUUCCCACUCCCUAAUGAUGAGAUUGAUUCGUUUUAUACAAACGUCAAAUCAACUCUCCGGGAAGAGGGUUAUAUGGGUGAAGUUUCUAUCACAGCUUAUGGUCAUAGAGAACGUUCUACUCCAAAAGAGAUUGAGUCUGUACAUCAGAGCAUCCACCUUGUCCGACUAACAGUUGCUGACUACGACGAAUGCCCAUUAGAGUUAAAGCCUAGUUGCACCGUAUGGUUAUGGGAAAGUCUAUUGCAAGGAGGAUGCCCUAUUCCCACUAACCCGGAGAUGGAGAAGAGGGUCAAGGAGAGGAGGAUCAAGGAGAGGAUGAAAGAGAUGAUCAAGGAGAUGAUGAGGAUAGGAUGA